ACGUGCAAUAAUUCGUGCAAUCCGUAUUUUCUAAAUAAUUUCCGGGAUACGUAUUUCUUCUUGUUAUCGUAAAAAUUCUAUUAAUUGGAGCCAUUGGAACAUUGGAAUUAUUUGUCAUUGCCCACCUGUCACUGUCAUAUAGAUGAGGCAGAUGCAAAAGAUAACAAGGAUUGGUUCAGUGGCUUAUCAUGUCCACCUUUAAAACCAGGAAACAAACGUGCUUAUUACGAACAAUUAAACUAUCCAGAUAACGCAUGCAGUUUCCUUGAAUGAAACUAAAUGCAGAAAUAAUGUCCUUUGGAGUACGUUUAGCUCGCAGCAGGCCCAUUAGGCUUCUAGGAAGUAUCGCCAUGAAAUGUUGGGCUUUCAGCGGAGCUUACAUUCUUGCUUGCUUCCUCUUAUACUGGCUAUAUGGUGGAAUCCUGGCUUUCAUUCUGUUGUGCUUUGCCAUAACUGGAAUACUCUAUCAUAGAGAAGAUCAGCUUUUAUAUCAUCCAGAAUUGCCAGCUCACUCCAGAGUUUAUGUGCCAGCACCUUCAAUAUUUAGUUUGCCGUAUCAAAGUGUGUACACCAGAGCUGGUGAUGGCACAAUGUUGCACAUGUUUUUCAUUUCUCAACCGGAGGAAAAAAUGAGGAAAGCGCCUACAUUAUUAUUUCUUCAUGGCAACGCUGGCAAUAUGGGCCAUCGAUUGCAGAAUAUAAUGGGACUGUAUCACAGUAUCGAAUGUAACAUUUUGAUGUUAGAGUACCGAGGAUACGGCCUGUCGCAGGGCUCUCCGUCAGAAGAAGGCCUUUACAUGGACGCCCAAGCGGGAAUGGAUUAUCUGUCCAGUAGAACAGAUAUUAAUACUAAUGAAAUUAUAGUGUUUGGUAGAUCGUUAGGUGGAGCAGUAGCAAUCGAUCUAGCCACGAAGGAGGAAAGCUCACGAAGAGUUUGGUGCCUUAUACUCGAAAAUACCUUCACUAGUAUUCCAGAUAUGGCUGCCUUAUUCGUCGGAUCGAAAUUUUUGCAAUAUUUACCACUCUUUGUAUAUAAAAACAAGUAUUUAUCUAUCUUGAAAGUUCGCUCAGUCACAGUACCCACUAUGUUUAUUUCCGGUCUGGCGGACACGCUGGUACCACCCCGCAUGAUGCAGGAUCUCUACAAAAAUUGUCGAAGCACGUGUAAACGGAUACUUCCAGUCGUGGGCGGUACGCACAACGAGACCUGGUGUCAGCCGGGUUACUAUCAGAAUAUUCGUUCUUUUCUGGCCGAGCUCAGGGAAAAUCCUCCUCCUCCGAGAGUGGUAUCUAGUCAUUGGCAGAUUGAUGAUAUCUAGUGAUAAGAAACUGAUGAGGUAAUCGGUUAAUGUGAUCGCAAAAAGAAUUCAUUUUCACAUGCUACGAGUGCAAGAACAUAUAGUCGCUAUUGACUUUAUUGAAAUCGAUAUUUCUAAACUUUUGUAUUAAUUUAUUUGUAUAUUUAGACACGGAUCUUACUAAAACAUGACGUUACCAAGAUCGGUCAGAAACAGUUGAUAAUCCUUUUCACAUGAAAAUCAAAUCAUUAUAAUCAGAUUGAAACAAUUGACGAAUUUAAUUUAAUCAUGAUAGAUUAAAACUUAAACUAAUUAGUAGCAAAA